AUGCCACAGAGAUAUACUAGCGAAGGGGUGGAUGUCAGCCAAUUGGGCCAGCCACUUUACUUUGAAUUCAGUGGCAGGACGGCUAAAAACCGAUUCAUAAAGGCUGCAAUGUCCGAACAUCUGGCCACAUUCGACAGCGAUGUUUUUGAGAAUCGGGGUGUGCCCUUGCCCGAGCUGGUCAAUGUUUACCGCCGGUGGGGUGAGGGAGGUUUCGGCGUCCUGCUCACUGGUAAUGUGAUGAUAGCUUAUGAUCAGCUAGAAGCAGCUGAAAAUACCAUCAUUCCGCCGGAUGCUACAUUCUCUGGCGGUCGUUUCGAAGCUUUCAGGGAAUUGGCGAGCCAAGCUAAGAAGGAUGGAAGCCUGAUUGUUGCUCAGGUGAGCCACCCAGGACGACAAGUGCCAGAGAGCAUCCAGCCACAUCCCAUUUCCGCGAGUGACGUGCGCCUUGAGGCAGAAUUUGCUGGGAAGACAUAUGCCAAGCCGAGACCUAUGGAGAAAGCAGACUUUCAGAGCGUUGUUGAUGGAUUUGCACAUGCCGCCGAAUAUCUAUACAGGGCCGGGUUCGAUGGUAUUCAAUUACACGGAGCGCACGGCUACCUGAUAAGCCAAUUUCUAUCCUUGUCUACAAACAAACGCACCGACGAGUACGGUGGGACAAGCAUUCUCAAUCGCGCCCGGCUGAUCACUGAGAUCACUCAUGCUAUUCGAGCGCGCGUCCCUGACCCAGCCUUCAUUCUUAGCAUCAAAGUCAACAGUGUCGAGUUUCAGGACGAAGGUUUCUCCCCCGACGAUUGCAAAUUACUUUGUGCUGAGCUCGAAAGACUUAAAUUUGACUUUGUCGAGCUCUCCGGAGGAACCUAUCAGUCCUCCGGAUUCAAGCAUGUCCGUGAAUCUUCGAAGAAGAGAGAGGCGUUCUUCAUAGAAUUUGCUGAGGCAAUCAUACCUGCACUGACCAAGACAAAGGCAUACGUCACUGGUGGAUUGAGGUCUGCUAAGGCUAUGGCAGAUGCUCUCAAGACUGUAGAUGGGGUGGGGCUGGGAAGACCGGCGACCCACGAGUUUGACCUCCCAGCGAAGAUAUUGGCUGGAAGCGCCAGUGGUGCCAUUGAUGUGUUGAUUAGAGAGGACGAUUUCGGGAAGGCAGUUAUGGCAGCCGGACUACAGCUCAAACUGGUCGGUAGUGAUAGGCAGCCGCUUGAUCUGAGUCAUAGUGGACACUUGAAAGCGUUUGAUGAUGCUGUUGCCAAGUGGGUUUCUGGUGCCAUACCAUUCGGUGAUCUAGCUGCCUUCAACAUUGAGCUGAAUCCGUACGGCACAGAGUACCAGAAUCUGGCUUAG